GAUCUUGGUGCUCAUUUCCUUCCCUUAUUAAAACGUCUCGCUACUGGCGAGUGGUUUACCAGUCGCACUUCUGCUUGCGGAUUGUUCAGUGUGAUCUAUCAGCACUCACCCAGUGCGGUUCGAGCCGAUCUCAGACAAUUGUUCCGUCAGUUGUGCAACGAUGACACUCCGAUGGUGAGGCGUGCUGCAGCCAAUCGCCUGGGAGAAUUUGCUCGUUGCCUCGAAUUGGAGUCACUGCGAACCGAUUUGCUUCCACUUUUGCCCCAGCUGACCCAACAAGAUGAUCAGGAUUCGGUCCGUUUGUUAGGCGUGAAUGCGUGUGUGGAUUUUGCGGAGGUCCUGCCCACCGAAGAUGUCCUUACGCAUGUAAUCCCCGUAAUUCGUGGUGCGGCAGAGGAUAAAUCAUGGCGCGUACGUUACCAAUUGGCGGAUCAUAUCACUGAUUUACAAGCCGCUGUAAAACCACAAAUAACCUCACAACAUUUGGUCGAUGUGUAUCAAUCUCUUCUCAAAGAUCCCGAGGGCGAGGUACGUGCUGCAGCUGCUGGAAAGCUGAAAACUUUUGCGGCCGCUUUGGCUCCGGAAACCCGGGAAACCGUAAUUAUGAAGAAUCUGCUUCCAAUUAUCCGCGAAAUGGUUAGUGAAACGAACUUACAAGUAAAAACUGCAUUGGCUGGCGUGAUGAUGGCUCUGGCUCCAUUACUUGGGAAAGAAAACACGUUAGAACAUCUGCUUCCGCUAUUCCUCGUUCAGUUGAAGGACGAAAAUCCUGAUGUAAGUCACUCGUAA